UCUCUCUGUCUCUCUAUAUAUAGACAUUCGCUCCCUUCUUUUCCACGUAACUCCACCACCGGAAAUAUCCUCCCCUUCUCUCUCACUUCGGAAAUGGAGAAGAGCGACGAGUUUUCGAAAUCCCCAUUGUUACCUGCGCCCAUCGCCGUCCCUUCCUCUCCUUUCCUCCCUCACUCGCCGACCUACUUGCAUCCGCCGUCUUCGCCGCUGCCGCCCCAGUUCUGCCCGGCGACUCCUCCUCCUCCGCCGUCGCCUCACAACAACGGGCCGCCGCCGUCUCCUCCAGCGAUGGUCCUGAGCCCGUGCGCCGCCUGCAAGAUCCUCCGGCGGAGGUGCGCCGACAAGUGCGUCUUGGCCCCGUACUUCCCGCCGACGGAGCCGUACAAGUUCACCAUCGCCCACCGGGUCUUCGGAGCCGCCAACAUCAUCAAGUUCUUGCAGGAACUCCCCGAGCCCCGGAGAGCUGACGCGGUGAGCAGCAUGGUCUAUGAGGCAAGCGCGCGGAUCCGAGACCCGGUGUACGGCUGCACGGGGGCGAUCUCCCAGCUCCAGAAGCAAGUGGUGGAGCUCCAGGCGCAGCUUGCCAAGGCGCAAGCCGAGAUCGCGAACGUGCAGUGCCAGAACGCCAACCUGCUCGCCCUCAUCUGCAUGGAGAUGGCUCAGAUCCAAGACCAGCCCGUUUUCCAGCCGCAGUGCCCCACGGUCGACGCGAGUUGCUUCCUGGACGAAACCAGCCUCAUCUCUACUUGGGAACCGCUUUGGACAUGAAGACGGACGCAAGCUACAAUGGCGUUCGACCUCCAUGCUGGGUUUUCGAGGAAGAAAAGACAGACACAAGUAGAGGAUGGGAAAGGGAAUUGUCAAUAAAGAGAAAUUAGUUAGUGUUAGAUUAGUCAAACUGAGGGUUUCGGUCCAUAUUCAGAAAAAAAAAAGGUUGAUGGGAUGCUUGCGAAUCUUUCUGAAUUGCUGCUACAGAAAGUGUUCAGAAGGAAAGAAGAAGACGACUGAAAAAAAAUGGCGGGAGACCACAGACUCACUUUCCUCUGGACUAUGACAACCUUGUUUAAAUCAAAUACUAUGGUUCUAUAU